AUGCAUAUGAUCAAGGGAUUAGUUUUGGUGGUCGCCUGUUUGGCAGCCACAGUUAUUGCAAAGCCCCAGCAGCAUCAACAGGGCAAACGCGGAGCCUAUAAGCUCUUUGCUGGUCGUCAAUAUGACGAACUUCCCGCCCAGGGACGUCUCAGUUCUACCCAGUUGACCGAUCUUAUCAACAGCCUGAAGGGCACCUCUAGCAGUACUACUGCCUCCUCAGCUCCUACCACUAUUACUACCGUUACAUCGCCCGUUUCGCCCACUACUUCUCCAACAAGUACUAGUCCAACAACAACAACUAGUACUGGUACAUCCACCUCAACCUCCACCCCCACCGCCACCAGCGCCAGCAGCCGAGCCUACAACAAUGAUGAUGAUGAUGAUGAGUUUAAUGACGAUGAGGAUAACCAAUUUGAGUACAAUGGACAUUUGGCCGCCUUCAAUGACGAGAAUGACGAAGAUAAUGUAAACGCUAUUGCCGGAAAUGCUGCCCGUGCCACACGCAACAAUGCCCAACAGCGUCGUCGUAUUAACAAGUUGCGCCGCAAUCGUCGCCAGCAGAAGCGCCGCCAGCAGCUGCAACGCCGUCGUCGUCAACAGAACAACCAGCGUCGUCGCCAAAAGCAACGUCUACAGCAGCAGCGCCGUCGCCAUCGCCAGCAAUUGAACAAGCAGCGCCAGCGUCGCAAUCGCCGCCAAAACUUGCGUCUGAUGCAACGUUUCCGUCAGGGUAACUCCAAUCGCAGGCGUCUGAUCCGUCCUAUUGCAUACUUUAAGGGACGCAGUUUCCGCAUUUCGGCCUAUACUAAUGAUCACCUGCAUCAGGUACAUGUCGCUCGCAGCAAUGGACUCAAGAGUGACAAUCUAGAGGAAGACUCACUUUUGAAAUUACGUCUCAUUAAACGUGCAACCGAUCAGGCCGAGGGUAGAAGUAUUUCCCAGCUACUAAACCUGAAGGGAAGCUCAUCAUGCGGCACAAGCACAAGCACUAGCCCCACCUACACCACGACCGAGACAUCAACGUCAGUACCUACAGCAUCGACAGAAAUUGCAGGUCUAAUAGAGCCAGUAUCUUCAAAUUAUGAAUACUCCGACACUGAAACCGAGCGUGCCUAUAACGGGGACAAUGACCAUCAAGGCGAGUUCAACUUUGAUGAUGAAAAUGAGUUGGACCAUAACGACGACGACAGCGAUGAUGAGGAUGAAUUCAGUGAUGAUAAUUCCAAUCAAUUGGUCCGUGUUAAUCACGACAACAGCGGCAGCAGCAGCAGCAGCAACAGCAACGCCAUUCGGCGCUCUCGCCCCAGCAGCCACAGUAACAACGUGCAGGUAUUGCAGGAUCGUCUAACUGAAUAUGAGAUCCGUCGUCAGGAGGAUCGCAACAAGGAGUUGCGCAAUCGUUUGCGCCGUCUUCGUCGCCGUACCCAAGAGAUGCAGCGCCGCAAUCGACGUGCUAAUUUGGCAGCGAGACGUUAUAACCAAAGCCAACGUCGCCGUUUGGCUCAACGUAACAAGAAUGCCCGCCGGCGUCUGAACCGUCGCAACCGCCGCAACCAGCGCCUUAGCCAGAGAAGAAACCGUCGUAACCGUCGCCGCCGCAACUAG